AUGCCUUCGACGAACGCUGCCGAUUAUUGGGAGAAGAAGGGCGUGGCAGGCUUAAUUUCUCGUGCUCUCCUACGUACACUUCAAUGUAUAUUCGCCGUCGUUGUUGCGGUCUUGUACGGACUCGAUCUUCAACAAGCGACAGAUAAUAACGUCAAGCCGGGCUCAGCUUGGAUUUACGCCGAAUUCGUAGCCGGGGUAUCAAUAAUUCUCUGCGUCACCCAUCUGUUUUUCACGACGGCUGUGUGGUACUGGAGCUUACUUGAUGGCCUUGUCUGCAUCCUGUGGCUAUCACAGUUUGGGGUGUUUGCCUCAGCCUAUCUGGGUACUGGAAAGCCACUAGAAAACGAAGAGUUUGCUGCAUCAGUGUCACGCGGCAGGAUGCAAUCAGCUGUAUGGGUUAACUUCAUAAGCAUGCUCUUAUGGCUCGCAACGACUAUACAGGGCAUAAUGGGGUGCUGCGCUCGUUGGAAGAAAAGGCAACAGAAGGACAACUCUAUCGAGCUGGGUUCUGCGGGCGAUCUAUAG